CGGCGCCCGCGCCUCCCCGCGCGUAGGUGUGCGGCGCGCUCCUGGCGAGGACGGAGCGAGCAGAUCUCGCGUGCGCUCGCCGCCAGGCGCAGCCCAGCCCGGCCCCCGCCUGGCGCCGCGAGCCGAGGUGUCUCCCGCGCCCGCGCCCGUGUCGCCGCCGUGCCCGCGAGCGGGAGCCGGAGUCGCCGCCGCCCGAGCGCAGCCGAGCGCACGCCGAGCCCGUCCGCCGCCGCCAUGGCCACCACGGUGACCUGCACCCGCUUCACCGACGAGUACCAGCUCUACGAGGAUAUUGGCAAGGGGGCUUUCUCUGUGGUCCGACGCUGUGUCAAGCUCUGCACCGGCCAUGAGUAUGCAGCCAAGAUCAUCAACACCAAGAAGCUGUCAGCCAGAGAUCACCAGAAGUUGGAGAGAGAGGCUCGGAUCUGCCGCCUUCUGAAGCAUUCCAAUAUCGUGCGUCUCCACGACAGCAUCUCCGAGGAGGGCUUCCACUACCUGGUCUUCGAUCUGGUCACUGGUGGGGAGCUCUUUGAAGACAUUGUGGCGAGAGAAUACUACAGCGAGGCUGAUGCCAGUCACUGCAUCCAGCAGAUCCUGGAGGCCGUUCUCCAUUGUCACCAAAUGGGGGUCGUCCACAGAGACCUCAAGCCGGAGAACCUGCUCCUGGCCAGCAAGUGCAAAGGGGCUGCAGUGAAGCUGGCAGACUUCGGCCUGGCUAUCGAGGUGCAGGGGGACCAGCAGGCGUGGUUUGGGUUCGCUGGCACACCAGGCUACCUGUCCCCUGAGGUCCUUCGCAAAGAGGCGUAUGGCAAGCCCGUGGACAUCUGGGCAUGUGGGGUGAUCCUGUACAUCCUGCUCGUGGGCUACCCACCCUUCUGGGACGAGGACCAGCACAAGCUGUACCAGCAGAUCAAGGCCGGCGCCUACGACUUCCCGUCCCCCGAAUGGGACACUGUCACUCCUGAAGCCAAAAACCUAAUCAACCAGAUGCUGACCAUCAACCCUGCCAAGCGCAUCACAGCCCAUGAGGCCCUGAAGCAUCCGUGGGUCUGCCAACGUUCCACGGUAGCCUCCAUGAUGCACAGACAGGAGACUGUGGAGUGUCUGAAAAAGUUCAAUGCCAGGAGAAAGCUCAAGGGAGCCAUCCUCACCACCAUGCUGGCCACACGGAAUUUCUCAGUGGGCAGACAGACCACCGCUCCGGCCACAAUGUCCACCGCGGCCUCCGGCACCACCAUGGGGCUGGUGGAACAAGCCAAGAGUUUACUCAACAAGAAAGCAGAUGGAGUCAAGCCCCAGACGAAUAGCACCAAAAACAGUGCAGCCGCCACCAGCCCCAAAGGGACGCUUCCUCCUGCCGCCCUGGAGCCUCAAACCACCGUCAUCCAUAACCCAGUGGACGGGAUUAAGGAGUCUUCUGACAGUGCCAACACCACCAUAGAGGAUGAAGACGCUAAAGCCCCCAGGGUCCCUGACAUCCUGAGCUCAGUGAGGAGGGGCUCGGGAGCCCCAGAAGCCGAGGGGCCCCUGCCCUGCCCAUCUCCAGCUCCAGCUCCCUUUAGCCCCCUGCCAGCCCCAACCCCCAGGAUCUCUGACAUCCUGAACUCUGUGAGAAGGGGCUCAGGAACCCCAGAAGCCGAGGGCCCCCUCUCAGCGGGGCCCCUGCCCUGCCUGUCUCCGGCUCUCCUAGGCCCCCUACCCUCCCCAUCCCCGAGGAUCUCUGACAUCCUGAACUCUGUGAGGAGGGGCUCAGGGACCCCAGAAGCUGAGGGCCCCUCACCAGUGGGGCCCCUGCCCUGCCCAUCUCCGACUAUCCCUGGCCCCCUGCCCACCCCGUCCCGGAAGCAGGAGAUCAUUAAGACCACGGAGCAGCUCAUCGAGGCUGUCAACAACGGUGACUUUGAGGCCUACGCGAAAAUCUGUGACCCAGGGCUGACCUCAUUUGAGCCUGAAGCACUGGGCAACCUGGUUGAAGGGAUGGACUUCCACAGAUUCUACUUCGAGAACCUGCUGGCCAAGAACAGCAAGCCGAUCCACACGACCAUCCUGAACCCGCACGUGCACGUCAUCGGAGAGGACGCCGCCUGCAUUGCUUACAUCCGGCUCACGCAGUACAUUGACGGGCAGGGCCGGCCCCGCACCAGCCAGUCUGAGGAGACCCGUGUGUGGCACCGCCGCGACGGCAAGUGGCAGAACGUGCACUUCCACUGCUCGGGCGCGCCUGUGGCCCCGCUGCAGUGAAGAGCUGCGCCCUGGUUUCGCCGGACAGAGUUGGUGUUUGGAGCCCGACUGCCCUCGGGCACACGGCCUGCCUGUCGCAUGUUUGUGUCUGCCUCGUUCCCUCCCCUGGUGCCUGUGUCUGCAGAAAAACAAGACCAGAUGUGAUUUGUUUAAAAACAAAACAAAACAAAAAAACAAGAUGACGACGACAACCACAAAAAAAUUGACAUCAGAUGAAAUGAAAAAAAAAAAAAAAAAAAA